AUGCCAAGAACACUUCUACCCCGAACGACCAACGCAGAAACGCACACAUCAACAUACAUCACAAUCGGCAUCGUCACAGGCCUUCCAGUACUCAUUCUGCUUGGCCUCGCACUAUGGAUCUGCCUUCGAGGCAAGACUACUCGGACACGCCGUGCUACAACAUCCAGUCGAACGCAAGCGACCGCCAUACAUCUUGACAUCGAAAGGCUUGAGCAUUUGAGAGCAGCCAAGGCAGAAUCACAACUGCCACUACAUCCUGCGCUACGGCCAUCUGCUGCUGAAGUGGAAAGGGAAGAAUGUGCGACGGAGGAGGGGAGAAGUAGUGAAGAUACCAAAGCGGCUACCGCCAGCGAAGGGAAAUCGUUGGCGACGCAGUCGAGUGAUGAGAUUUUGGCGAUGAAGUAUGGAUUCUCCUGGAUUCGAGCAUAA